GAUGAGUCUUGAACCUAACCUAAAAACAAAACCAUAAUGGCGUCAACUGUAAAUUUCGUGACACAUGACCGUGAUACGAUAUCAAGGAUAAAUAAAUAUGUUAAUAUUUUUAAUGUUAGACGAUGAAGACGGUAAUUCACAUUCCGCUGUCGAUGAAUAAUUAAAAUAUUCAUAAUGGCUUCAGAAUAAAGAUCGUCUCGAAAACGUGUGGAUUUCUGAAAAAGAGUUGUCGAAAUAUUUGGAUAGAAAAACGGUUAUGCUGAAAUUGUUUAAAUUUUAUGACGGUGUUUUUAACGUUUAACGGGUUUUGCGGGAAAACUCGUUUCUUGUCUUUUUUUUUUAUAAUAUGGUUGACUCACUUAUGAUUUUCUGUUAUGCCAUAAUAAGUUAAAAUUGGGUAAUCGUGCGACUUGGAAAAAAAAACAAAUGUAAAUAUGUUUUCCAUCCCGGAUUUGUGGAAUGGUGUAGAAAAUGUUGUAGUCGAUUACAUAGAUGUGCAUUUCACGUUAUGGCUUUCGUGGCUUUUAAUGCCACUUAUCAUUACGUUUUUACUUCCGCUGGUGAUUGUGGUACUUCUCUACGUUACCAUGUCGAUACUCUAUGUUUACAAAAUACACAGAGUAAGAUUAAGAAAGGCUUAUGACGCCGAUUGGAAGGAAGCAGGAACCAAAGUGGUUGCAGCCCUUUGGGAUGCCCAUGGUUGGAUUUGGCACGGGUACGAAGUGGUGGGACUGGAGAAUAUUCCAGUGGACCAGCCGAUUUUAUUUGUCUACUACCACGGAGCGAUUCCGAUCGAUCUGUACUAUUUCUUGUCCAGGGUGCUACUUUUUCAUUCGAAACUGAUUCACACGGUCGCGGAUCGGUUGCUUUUCAAGGUCCCCGGAUGGUCCGUGAUAUCGGACGUGCUCAAGGUCAUUCCUGGCACCGUCCAGAUUUGUUCUUCCAUUUUGAAGGAGGGAAACAUGCUUGCCAUUUCUCCAGGUGGCGUCUAUGAGGCCCAAUUUAGUGAUUCCUAUUAUAGACUCUUGUGGAAAAGACGACUUGGAUUCGCCAAAGUUGCUCUUGACGCUAAAGUGUCCAUCAUACCAAUAUUCACGAGAAACAUUAGAGAGGCUUUUAGAACGAUAAGUUGGGGCAGAAGAUUUUGGUUGAGAUUAUACGCAGCCACAAGGGUCCCUUUUGCCCCGAUUUAUGGUGGAUUUCCAGUAAAGCUCAAGACUUUUGUCGGCAAACCGAUUCCAUAUGAUGGGACUCUCACGCCCGAACAACUUCAGAUAAAGGUUGCCGCCGCUCUUGAAGAAUUGAUACAAGAACAUCAAAAAGUGCCCGGAAGUAUAAUGCGGGCAUUGUGGGAAAGAGUUUAUGACGCGGACGACAGUCCCAAUAAACUCACCUGAGUUAAAAAAAAAAAUUAAAAAAAAAUAAGAGGGAAAAAAGACGACAUAGCAUAAAUACCAAUAAAUUAAUCACUUUUUUAGAAUUUCGAAUCGCGAGAUUGUGAUAGAUUCGCAAUAUUAGCAGCAAUCAAAGCUAGAAGUUGUUUAUAAUUUCAGGCUCAUGUUUUUUUAACAUAUUUUGCAAUACUUUCAAUAACAUUCCAGUCAAUCUUUUAUUUAAAAAAAAAUAUUCAGGUUUUCGAUUUUGAUAAGCACAAUGAGA